AAAAAAGAAGACAACAAAACUUGCACACGCCCCGCUCUUUUUGAGCCAUAAGCAGCAGGCACACGAUGGAAAGUGCAACAAGUCACAUGGUUUUAGUACACCGAGCAACAUAAACAAAGGAACAGUGGGUGUGGAGCUGAGAUGAGUUGAAUCGGAAACGAGAGUGAUGGUGAGAAAGAGACAAACGGAUCGGCUAGGGAAAUGACUUCCCCUCUUUUCCAGUUUUGUGAGAGAAAUGCGAGAGCACGUGGUCGCGAGAGAGAGCGAGAGCUGGUGUUGUGUGUAAACAAAGAUAAAAGUGGGAAGGGGGUGGAGUUAUGUGGAUUAUGGAUGGGAUAGUGGCUGAAUUGGAAACUAUCGCACGCAGUUUAGAUUGAGUGUUCGGGAGAGAAUAAUAGAAAUUUGGUUGUGAAGCGGAAGUCACAAUCUAUUGUGCUGUGAAAAAUCGUGACAAAGGUGAAUGGUCCCAGAGGGAGCGAACAUUUGGCGGUUUGACAGCAGUACUAAAAUGGAUCUACUUUAUCGACGGCGUUGUGUGCACGUGGUGCGGAUGGUGAGAGCGCGUGGGCUGCGAGAGCGCGUGACAAGGCGGAGCCUACUGGGACUGAGUAAAUUUGACUCCGGAGAUAUCCUUUUCAGACUGCUGGGAGUUGGCGCGCAGGGAAUUAGUACAGGGAAAUGUCUGUGGGAUGGAGGUUAGAGUGAGAAGGUUAGCGCAAUUCAGGAAGCUCAGAGGGAUUGUAAAUCCGGCACAGGAUAUACUCUCUUCGUUCAUGUAUCCGGUGUGUAUACGCACCAAUACAGCUGUAAGCCCCUUGAUUCUCGGCACUCAACAGGGACACACGUGAAGCGGAGUGCUCUGCGUGUGGGAGUGAGCGAGCGGCUGGGAUGUCGCACCGUCCCACUCUGGUGCGCUGGUGUGUCAGCUGAAUGGAUGGAUGGAAAACUCAAAAGUUAACGUCAACCGGGGCCCCGAUAGUGCUGCUACUGGUGUUCUGGUGCACAGCUCUCCGAAGCUGGAUAUGUAUGUAUGUCAGAGAACGGACAUCGCGCGGUCGGUUCGCUACCAUCAGCAGCAGCAGUGUAAAACUCCGAUCGUAACUUUGCGUUGCUGAUUUCAGUUGGGGUUUAGCAGUCACACGGGACGAACGUUUACACUCUCUGGAGAUCUGUCCGGAACAGGAGGGAAACCGUUUAGAGCAAAUCGGACACUGGAGACCGGCACCUGUGGUGUGUAAGUGCGAUAGAAGAAUAACGGCAAAGAAGAGUAGUGUGGCGACAUCUGCGGUGUGUAUCAAUACAAGUGAUUGGUGAUUUAUAUGUGGUUUGGGGAAAAGUUUGGGUUCGAUCCCAAGGCAGUUGUGUAAAGUGUCCAUCACAGGAAACCGGAAGUGACAAUCGUGUGUAAAGGUGUUUGCUAUUCGAUUGGCUACUGGAACGUGUCUAUUGACGAAUUGUAACUGAAGGCGUGAUAAGUGAAUGCUGUAGUUCAAAGACUUCAGCAAGUGAUCGUAGCGUGACCCAGAUAUUCAGAAGUGUUUGUAAAGCCUACGUCUAGGCUCAUCUACAUUCAGGUUCCGGAACCUGAGUGUAGCCUCCUUUUUCUAUAGAACGCGAUCACAAUAGUCGUCACGGUGUACGACAACGGACUAAAGCUGCGUUCGGACGAGACAGUGCCGGGCUUCAGCUCGGCAUCGCCCUGGCCAACGCUCGAACUAGAAUGGGGCCGCAAGCUGUACCCAUCGUCGGUUCCGCGCGGGGCCGGUGGUAUGAUGUUUGGCCUUCCACCGACUGGGGCCGACAUGAAUCAACCCCGCGGCCCGAUGACGUCACUCAAGGAGGAACCUCUAGGAGCUCGCGCCUGGAUGCAGCCGGCUGUCGACACCUCAAACCUGGGGAUUGGUCGAGCGCACUUCGAGAAGCAGCCCCCGAGCAAUCUGAGGAAGUCGAACUUUUUCCACUUCGUGGUGGCGCUGUACGACCGGGCCGGGCAGCCCAUCGAAAUCGAACGGACGGCGUUCAUCGGUUUCAUCGAGAAGGAUCAGGAGUCCGACAGCACCAAGACGAACAAUGGCAUCCAAUACCGGUUACAGCUUUUAUACGCAAAUGGAGCCCGCCAGGAGCAGGAUAUCUUCGUGCGGCUCAUCGAUUCGGUAACGAAACAGGCCAUUGUCUACGAAGGCCAGGACAAGAAUCCGGAAAUGUGCAGGGUGCUACUAACACACGAAGUGAUGUGCAGCCGGUGCUGCGACAAGAAGAGCUGUGGUAAUCGCAACGAAACACCGUCAGAUCCUGUGAUUAUAGACCGAUUUUUCCUUAAAUUCUUCCUCAAGUGCAACCAGAACUGCUUGAAGAAUGCCGGCAAUCCACGGGACAUGCGACGGUUUCAAGUAGUGAUAGCGACCCAGGUCGCGGUGGACGGCCCCCUGCUGGCGAUCUCCGACAACAUGUUCGUGCACAACAACAGCAAACACGGGCGCCGGGCGAAACGGCUCGACCCGGAAGGUACGGGAAGUUCUCCGUUGGCCAUUUCGGGCCAUCCGCUGGCCCCGGACAGUACGUACGACGGCAUCUAUCCACCGCUACCAAUGGCAACACCCUGCAUCAAGGCGAUCAGCCCUAGCGAAGGUUGGACGACCGGCGGUGCGCAGGUAAUCAUCGUGGGCGAUAACUUCUUCGACGGGCUACAGGUGGUUUUCGGCACCAUGCUGGUGUGGAGUGAGUUGAUUACGUCACACGCAAUCCGGGUGCAGACUCCUCCCCGGCAUAUACCAGGAGUGGUGGAAGUCACGUUGUCCUACAAGAGCAAACAGUUCUGCAAGGGAUCACCCGGUCGAUUCGUGUAUGUCUCGCUAAGUGAACCAACCAUAGACUACGGUUUCCAACGGUUACAGAAGCUUAUCCCUCGGCAUCCAGGCGAUCCGGAGAAACUCCCCAAGGAGAUUAUCUUGAAGCGAGCGGCAGACCUUGCGGAGGCUCUCUACUCUAUGCCCCGUUCUCCGAAUGGCUCCUCCGGCUUCAAUUCAUACAGUGGACAGCUGGCAGUGAGCGUCCAGGACGGUGCUGGCCAAUGGGGAGAAGCUGAUGAAUACACUCGAGCCCAAAGCAGCAGCGUGAGUCCCAGGGGAGGCUACUGUAGUAGCGCGUCAACUCCACAUUCCUCCGGUGGAGGCUCGUACGGAAGCAGCAAUGGCUACGCUACGGCAUCCAACAUGAGCGGGCUAACCUCGUCACCCGCCAGUGUCUUCAACUCCUCGUCAAUUACUUCGUCGUCUAACUUGUGGCACUCGCAGCUCGUUCCAUCGCAUGGCUACUCGGCGGCCGCUGGAGCACAUCAGUUCUGGCAUACUUCUUCAUCGUCUGUAGCGACCGCGGUCUAAGGGCCCCCAAAUUCUUCAACCGAUCUUUGCUGAAUCAACGGACUGAUGAGUGGCGGCAGUGGCUUCAGUCCCUACUCGAUGACCACGUGUGGGUCCCAAGGUUACACACCUAGCCCCCUUGCAGUGGCCAGCACGACGUCCAAGUAAAGCCUAGCCAACGUAUGGACGACCUCUUCGUCGUUGUUUGUUAUUGCAAAACUUCCCCUGUGUAAGAUACUUAACUCCCCAAUGCUCUUCAGUUGCAUCCUCAUCUAUUUAUUACCCAUUUUUACCCCAUUUUUGGUUUAAUGUGCAAUAUAAACUAACCUCCUUCAGUCGUUGAACUGUAAGGGCAUUGUAAACAUUGUAUAAAGCCAGUUAUUUUAAAGUAAUAAACAAAGCAAAAGAAGCUUUAUAGUUAAAAUUUUGCGAUUUCUAAAGGAAAAAAGUCAACGAAGUAAUUUAAACAAAAAAACGAUAGCAAAAUACAUUAUUCAAAACAUAUCUUUGAGAAACAAGACAAAAGUCGUACAUUUCAUCCAAUCAUAUCUACAUGUGUCAGUAAGAGUUAUUAAACGAAACAACCCUUAAUAAAAACAAAUAGUUGUUAAUCUCUCGAUCAACCACUCAAGAAGCAAACAUCAAAACAAGCAAAUAUUUAGCAAAACAAAAUAAAAGAAAGUCGAAACAUCAUUCUAAAAUAAACGGAAAACUAUUGCUGCAAUCAAUGGACCCCAUUAGCUGGCGCUUAAUUUGUAUACGAUACCGAGACCACGGAACACCACCCACACAUACAAACUGCUCAUGAAACAUUUCACAUUUCGUCUCUUUUGUUCUAAAAAGCUCCUGGAAUGGCUUUAGGAUGGCCACGCUUUCAGGAGGCUGCGUACUUUUAGUCGAGAAGCUUUUGGCGCGCAACCAAUCAUUUCAUCUCGUUGAUCUCAUUGGAAAGCAAUCACUCUCGCUAGGGAGAAUCUUUUAUGUCUUGUAUUUUCUAGUUUAAUUUUUAGCUCAGUGAAUCACGUUUUUGCGAAUUUUGAACAAUCGUUGUCAAGUUAGCUUUCAGAAACAGCACUCAAUAAAAAAAAUCGGAAUGAAAAUGAAUUGGUUUUGCAAGUGAAAUAAACCGGUUUGGUCAAAGUUUGAAGUCCAGAGCAGCUAAUGAAAGAAUCGAAGAAUCAGAAUCCACACUGACCUUAUAUUUAUAAAAACAGAGCAAAAGCAAAGAUAUGAUCUGAAUAGGAAAUUAAUCAAUUUUACGGAUCAAAAGCAAAGCCAACACGCAACCGUUACGGGCGACAGAUCACGCACUCGUUCUUUGUCGUCGUUCCGGUUAUAAAUAGAUUGUAGAUAUAGAUACAUUGAGGAAUUUGAAAUCCUCCUGUGAACCAGUGGCAAUUAAAAAUCGAUUAUGAACAACCAAGUUUCAGAUCAAAUAAAUAUUGGUGUGAAAAAUCA